AUGCUGCGACAACACUACAAAAAGAGAAACUACUAUGCCGCCGCCACGGCUCUCCCGCGGCCCGAGUACCGGUGGUGCUACGCCGAGCAGGUGGACCAGGCCGCUCCCCUGCCCGACAGGAGCAACGGCUGGCGCUACCUGGGCCCUCGGGAGGGAGAGACCUACAGGCGCCAGGCGGUCUUCGGGGCCGGGUUCCGCCUCCGCCUGCCGUUCCCCCGCCUCUGCCCGGGGCCGGGGCACCGCUGGUUCAACUCGCACCCGCUCGGCGGGGAUCCCGACCUCCCGGACUUCCAGGCCUGGGCGAGGACGAUGCUGCGCAGGCGCCUGGUGCACAGAGACGACGCCGACGCCUGGCGGGCGGCCUUCGUCGACGUAGAGGGCGGCGGACACGGACAGCUCGUCGUCUCCGCCGCCGACGAGACCUGGCGAGUGAUACUCUGCUGGGGAUCACGGGGCCGAAGGAUCGAUGUGAACCAGCACGGCAUCCCUACAUCUCUCGUGGACCUGCAGGUUCGCGCCGGCGUCAUAUCGGAGGAUCCGCGCUUCAGACAGCUCAAUAUCGCAUCCUUCGGCCACCGACUCGUGAGGUACGAUCCCCUUACCGAGUUUGGGGUUAUUUGGAAGGAGCGCCUCCCGGGUGCCUGCCUGGCGGUCCUGGUCGCAGAUUCGUGGCGAGACUGUCAGGUCGGUCUACUCGCACGCGAUCGACGGAGAUUUGGGUUCCGUGACGUAGACCCGCUGACGGGCGCCUUCAUGGAUUCUCGUGCCGGCGGACGGUCGAAGAAGGGUGUCAAGCGUGCACCGCCGAACGCCCUGGAUGGGGGAAACUAUUUCCGCAACCUCUACUCGAUAAUGCUCGAGAGGGACGUUGGUUCAACAGAGUUCUCGGCGUGGCUUUCGGGCGAGGAAUGUGUACCGGCCGUUACUGUCCGCCAUCUCGAUAAGUGGCUCAAGACCACCAAGGCGUCAGUCGUCGUGUGGUCGCACAGGGGCUCCGGGGCCGAGGUUGUCGGUGCCAAGGGCCAGACGACGAGCCUCCGUCCUCGAGCGCUACAUGUCGGCGUUCGCGAGGGCCACGUGUACCGCUUGGUGCUCGAUGGCCCUUGGAAGGAUCGCUUCACCGGCGCUCGCGAGGGGGCGGUCGGUCCAUCUCUGCAUGUGGCGGUCGAGCACUGCGUGCGCACGAGGCGUCUCUUUCGCCGUAUUGCCGAGGCGGCCGAGGAGGGGGAGGGAGAGGAGAAAUCGGAUGGUGACACCAGAGCCUUUGGUCGUUGCGCAGACAUGACGGAGGCAAUCCUUACCUCGAGCCAGACGGAUACGGACCAGCAGACCGCUCGUAAGCGGCGGAGAGGAACCGACGACAAGGCAGACAGCAAAAAGACCUGGUACGCACCUCCCGGUACGGCUUUGGACGAGCUCAUGCUCCAUCUCCACCUCGGUGGCGUGGCUUGUGCGGGCAGGCUCACCAGCUACAGCCACUGGGAUUCGUUGUCUUUGCCGGCGCACGGUAUCAUCAUUCGAACCUGGUGCGGCGCGAGCAUGGGCGGACUGGAUCCGGAUUCACUCGAAUGCGACGAAGCUACUCGUCUGAUCGAGCUGCACGGCACGCUGGGGCGCAAGCUCAUUCGUGGUGUGAUGGAUUUUCGGGUCUCGAGUGAGUACAGCCCGUCUCUUCUCGCGCUACUCGAGGUGUGUUGGAGGGGACCUAUCGUGGGGGCAGAAGACGCAUCGGGCACAACCUACGGACCAGGAGAUUGGCAGUGCGACAUCAACGGCGCGCACACGGCGGCAAUGCUGAGCAUGGAGAAUCUUCCGGCGUUCACCCACAUGGACGAGGUGCAGGUAUUCGACGGCCACGACAUCGAGGAUUGGACGUUGUACGUCGUCCGCCUGGAAGCGGUUGGCGAUCCCGACGUGUUCCUGAAUGCGGACGUAACGCCAGUCUUUGGUCGGAACUACAAGCGCUAUUUGGCGCUAAUUAAAACCCCCGCCCCACACCGGGUAAGCCACUUUGUGCGACCUGCGAGGACGAUCCAAAAGUGCCACAUACCCAGGCUCGUGCAGGACCUGCUGGCCCGGGAUCUAGGGGAGCCCCUCCUCCAAGACCCGGACGCUGCUCGCAGGUUCAAGAAGGGUCUAUUCGUUCGCACGAGCGGCUUGUUACAGCAGAGGCACGCCGACAGGAUCAACGCCGUAAUGGUCACUACAAGCAAGGAGGCCAUGGCCGUGGGGGGUAAGAUCGUACCCGUCCUCGGCGAAGUUAAUCGCAUCAAGUCGGAGCUGCGGAAGAAUGGUACCGAUGGGGGGCUUGGCAUCGAGAAACUCGACAGCGGAGAUGCCUACCUUUGUUUCGAGGCUAGCCGGGUUUGGUACCGAGACGGGUUCUGGGCGCUGGGGACGCUCAUCCUAGACGAAACGCGCCUGCGUGUGUUGGAGGUGCGGAACAUGCUCGAGGCGUGUGGGGGUUCUGCCUUUAGCUACCAGUGCGACGCCGUGUUCUUCAGAGGACCUCCAGAGGUCCAAGAGGAAGCAAGGCACCUCUACGAGCAUUGUUUCAGCGGCGAACUCAAAGCGCCCGGCACUCUCAAGUUCGAACCAGCCCUCAAAAAUGCAGCGUCUCCCGAUCGCGUCUUCGCUGGCAUCGAGGUGAAGUUGGCCCUCGACAUUCUACCCCCAGCCAUGAGGACCAUUCCCUGCCCGCGGGAGAGAGCGCUGCGUGUCGUCCCACUAUGGGGCGGCAUCGGGGAGACCUUCGGUACCAUGGAAGCCGCGCAUGCAGCCUGGCGAUCUGUCGGCAAGGACGACAAAAGGAAGAUAUGGCCGGACAUCUGCGCGGCGGAGUCGCCAGCAACUCUUGAGCGACUACUCCGCGAGCUGGUGUCGCAGGAGGACAGGGUCGUUUGUGCGGUCACGGGGGAACACGGUGGAGCAGGGAAAAGCUACUGCGCGCUCCGUGCUGCGAAAGCCGUCUUCAAGACCGGUCUUGUGCUGACACCCACCAACAGCCUUCGCACGUCGUACACCGACCUGCCCUCCGGGUGGAGCGUGAAGACUGCCGACCAUCAGCUUGGGUUUUUCAUCGGCGACGACGCGCGCGUCAGGAAGACCGCGGGCUCGAUACAUAUCCCGAGGGUGGACGUUGUAAUAAUCGAGGAAGCCGCGUACAUGUCUCUCCAUGCGCUCAGCAUGAUCUUCGCCGCCACUCACAGCAGCGGUGUCCACGUCAUCGGAACGUAUGACACGCACCAGCUGCAGCCCGUUCGUGAGAGCAGUGGCAUGUCUAUCAGCGUUGACAACGUCGACAGGCAACUCGUUCUCGAGCGAGCAUUUCCCACCUGCUUUCACCUGUUCGCACGCAAGCGGGACAGGACGAUCGACGAACAGGUCGAGAUGGACGAUAGUUUGUUGUACAUCUUGGACGCGGGAGACAACAGCGCCGAAGCGCAGACCCGAGCCCUGGAAAGGUUUGGCGGGAUCGAACCCACAGGGCCCGGCACACACGUUUCCGAUUUCCACCUCGCUUAUACCAGGGAAUGUGCGAGGUUCCAUGCCUUCCGGGGUUUGACGAGGUGCAACGAGGCUGGGGGGUGGGACGCGCUGGGUCAAAGCGCGGUGGUGGGUGCCCAGUAUCGAGACCUCGGGAAGACAGGAAAGGUGCACAAGAACCACGCCUACCACAUCGUUCGUUCGUCGGCCGACUCGGUCGUCGUGCAAAGUGCCUUCGACGACGGCGCCACCCUCGAAGAGACCACUCUCAGUCGUGCCGCGGCAGAGAUCCUGUUUGAUCCCCCGGGUUCGUGUACGGUGCACGCGGUUCAGGGUCGCACAGUGGAAGGGAAAUUGGUGAUCCACCAGGCUCGACACCGGUAUUCAGACGUUUACUGGCUUUACACAGCCAUCAGCCGAGCGACGGGGCCCUCAAACGCCGUAGUCCUCGAUGACGUCCAUCGGAGUGUCAGCGACAUGCCUGAACACACCAGGAGGUCGUGGGCGACCACAAAGGUCUCGAGCUACCUGCGCGCCGAUGUGGCCGCCGGGCGGCUAGAUGACGGGGACGGGGGGCAUCACAAGGACGCCCUUAUCGAAGAACUCUUGCGCUCCUACCGUGGGACAUGCAACUCAUGCUCGCUUGAGGUCGUCUGGGCAGUGUACAGCGAGCGUCAGCCCACGCUUGAUCGUCUCGACUACGCCCUACCCCACACGCCGGGCAACGUUGACGUAAAGUGUUUGAGGUGCAACCGUGCCCGAGGUGGUUUGGGAAGGGGGCUUACAAAGAAGAAGAAGGAAGCAGAAACAAAGUGUCAGAGAAGUAGCCGUUGUUGUCGAAAUGGUGGUUUAUUUUGUAUGGCAUGA